AUGACCCAUAGCGGUCACGUGAACUAUAUAGAUACUAUAACUAGCAUCGACCAUAUAAAUAAACAUUACAUUCGCAACAACGACAUCAACAACAACAUCAACAUCAACAACAACAUCAACAACAACAGCAACAAAAUUUAUAACAUUGACACCUGCAACUUUACUCCAACUACCACAAUUAAAUCGGCAAUCUAUGUUGCAGAAGCAACAACAACAACAACGACAACAUUUUCACAACUACAUUUAGUGACUACUACAACUUCAUUAGCAGCUGCCGCAGCAACUUCAUUGGCGACAGCAACGACCACAUCUUCAUCUGGUUUGGUUCCAAUGUUAUGUGUCGAUCAAGAUAGUUUUGUUGUGGCUGAUGAUGUUGCGAUAGAUUUGACCUUGAGAAAAAAUAAACAUCUUGAUCAACAAAACAACAACAACAACCGUAUAAACGACAAUUAUAUUUGCAAUGAUAUAAAGGAAAAUAUGAAUGAUGAAAACAACGACAACAUCAACAACGACGUCAUCAACAACAACAUCAUCAACAACAACAUCAUCAACAACAACAACAACAACAUCAACAACAUCAACUUCAACCCUGAUAUCAAUACUGACGUGUACACCGACUACUUCAAGAUACAUUUUGGAGCGUCUGGCUUGCCAAACUUAUUUUACGAACAUCAAAAACAACAACAUCAACAACAACAACAACAAUAUUAUUAUCAAUACCCACAACAACAAUAUCACGAACAACAACAAUGUCAUUAUCAAUACCAACAACAACUACAAUAUCAUGAACAACAACAACUGCAGCUCUUGUAUCAACAACCACAUCUACAAAAAGAACAACAACAGCAUGAACUUUUUACCCAACCGCCCACCAGAGGCUAUUUGAAUUUAACUGAAGAAGAAAAGGAGACCAUGAUUGCAGAAGGUUUCAGCAUACCGUAUCGUCUGCCUCUGACGCAGAACGAAGUGAAGUGUCUGAAGAAGAUAAGAAGGAAAAUAAAGAAUAAAUUAUCAGCUCAAGAAAGUCGCCGAAAAAAAAGGGAGUACAUUGACGUGAUUGAGUCCAGAAUGCAACAGUACCGGGACGAAAAUGUGCACCUAUUGAGGAAAGUCGAAUUACUGAAAGAACAAAAUAGGAGUCUCUCCUCCCAAUUAGAAUCCAUUCGGGAUCGUGUGCAUCUUUUGGAGCCAUCCAAGCAAGGAGCAUGCUUCAUGAUUUUAGUUCUUUGCUUUGCCGUCUGUAUCGGAAACUGGAAGUAUCCGUGCCUUUGGAACGUUGGGUACAGCAAGGCUCUGACGUCAUCAAUACCCGCCCGCCAUUUUUCAGGGAUGGUCAAUUUGGGCCCCCAUCUGCCUGGCAUGGUGAUGGCUUAUAGUAAGGAUGUGCUGUCGAAAGAUGUCGGACCGAAUAUAGAGCUACCGAUGAUUGAUACCAAGUACAGAUUUAACGCCAACUCGAGAAUGAUAUUCGAAGACGAUACCGACUCAAUACCGGAACAGGUUAACAAUCCGAUGCCAAUCGAUCCGGAUGUAGGAAUGGGAAUAGUAGAGUACAUGCCGCAAAUUUUUAGCCGGUAUCCGAUAUUGCCCGUUACAUUAUCGUGCCGAGUCAACGAGUCUGAUUUAUUUUGA